AUGCCGCCCCACCCCACGUCGGCACCACCCCUCCCAGCUCAAGCACAGCCGCCCGGCGACCAGGACCAGAUGGCAGAAGCAGAACCUGAUUCGCGGAUAGAUAUGGCGGUUGAGUCCGUGGCAGUAGGAACUCAGGCAUUGCAGGUUGAGUCGGUAGAAACAGUUGUUGAGUUGGAUGGAAGGAAACCGAUGGCAUCAAGAUCAGAGAUGUGGAAGCACUUUGUUCAGAUUAAAGAUGAUAAGGGUAUUGUGAGAACUGCUAGGUGUAAAUAUUGCAACCGUACCAUGAAGGCAGACACAAAGUCAAAUGGUACAUCUUCUUUGAAGAGACAUUUCAAUGUUUGUAAGCGCAAUCCACACAAGUUUAACAAAGAUACAACGCAAGGUAUUCUGCAAGCAACCCAAGGUGAAGUUAUUGGCACUUGGAGGUUUGAUCAAGAUGAACUUAGGGCUGCAUUUGCUGAGAUGGUAAUAGAAGAUGAGCAACCAUUUUGCUUUGGUGAGAAAUCAGGAUUGAGAAAGUUUAUGGAGAAAGCAUGCCCACGUUUUCAGCUUCCAUCUAGAAGAACAUGUACUAGAGAUACAGUUCGAUGCUACUUCCAAGAGAAAGCCAAGCUGAAGAAAUUCUUCAAAGACUCUUGUCAAAGGGUAUGCUUAACAACAGAUUGCUGGACUUCUCAGCAGCAAGAUGGCUACAUGACCGUGGCUGCUAGUUUUAUUGAUGAUAAUUGGAAAAUGCAUAAGAAAGUGAUUGGUUUCUUCAUGGUGAAGGGGCACAAAGGUGAUGACAUUGGUAAAAAUGUGAUCAGAUGCAUGACUGAAUGGGGAUUAGAGAGAGUAAUGACUAUAACAGUUGACAAUGCAAGUGCCAAUGACACUGGUAUUGGUUAUUUGAGGAGGCAACUAAGCGGAACAAAUAUUGCUAAUGGCAAGUACUUGCACAUGAGGUGUGCAGCACACAUUGUUAACCUCAUCGUGCAAGAUGGCCUAAAAGAAGUGGACCUCUCUGUGAAGCGUGUUAGAGCUGCUGUUAGGUUAGUUGAUGAAGAUAUGAGUUAUGUUAUUGACCUAUCUGAAGCAAGGGAUGGAUUUGGUCACCCAGAUGAAACUGAUUGGGAAAAUGUGAAGAAGAUGGCUGAUUUUCUAGAACAUUUCUAUGAUCUUACUGUCCGUAUCUCUGCUACACUCCAUGUUACUUCACAUACAUUCUUUCAUGAGAUUGGAGAAGUGCACUUGUUGAUUCAAUCUUCGUUGAAUAGUACAGAUGUUGUGCAAUCAGCUAUGGGCAGGAGAAUGAAAGAUAAAUUUGACAAAUAUUGGGGACUUUGGCACACCAGCAAUAGCAAUACAAUUGUGAAUGACAAGGGGAGGGGAAAGGGAAAGGAGAAGGAGAACAUAAAUUUAUUGAUUUUUGUUGCUGGUUGUCUUGAUCCAAGAUACAAGUUAUCUAUGUACACAAAGAUAACUGUUGAAGAGAUAUUUGGUGAGGAAAGGGGACAACUAGUUUGGGAAGCAAUUGACACUUGUGUUCAUGAGUUAUUUGAAAAAUACAAGAAAAUGUAUGGUCCAGCUGAAGAGACAUCUGAUGCAAUUGAUCCAGUAGCAUCAAAGGGAGGUAGAGGGGGCAAACUGAAGGAAGUCAUCGCUAAGAGGAUGAGACUAGGCAAUGCUUCAAGCAACAAUACCAAGUCUGAACUUGACAAAUAUCUUGCUGAAGAAACUGAAGACACCGAAAUGAAGAUUGACCUUUUAGUGUGGUGGAAGGCAUCUGAGCAGAGGUUUCCAAUUUUGUCUCGCUUGGCCCGCGAUGUUCUUGCUAUACCUAUCUCAUCAGUAGCUUCAAAGUCGGCAUUUAGCACAAGUGAACGCAUUCUAGAUGACUUCCGAAGCUCCCUUACUCCAUUCAUGCUUGAAGCACUAAAUUAA